AUGCGCAACUUGACAAUCCAAUCGUUGAGUAUAUUCUCCUGUUUCCAAGCUACUCUAGCAUUCGGAAACCAGUCAGAUUUCCCCAUACUUGCCGACACCAACCGCGAUGGUCUUGUUGACGACUUGGACAGAGACCACAAGCACAUGUGGACAUCCAACCACGGGGCAAUCUUUCCUCACGAUAUCGGUGACGAGUAUCACCGCUGCGCAAUUCAAGAUGGCAACGGGGCUUCACUCAGUAAUUUGGAGCGUGCGAGCUGCAAUGAUGCGGCAGGGGAUGUUCUGAUCGCUCCGCGGACCAGGGGUUGGAGGUUGGCAACCGGGACUGGGAUCGGGUUUUUGCUGGGAGAGAUCAACUCUGGCGGCAACAUCGAGACCAUCCCCCCCUACGUCUCCCGAUCUGGCACUGUUUGCCGCAACGGUCGGGUGCUGCUUGGCAAACACUUUGACAAGUACCCUGCAGGAUCCUUCGUGGGCUUUCUCAAGGCACAAGUUGAACAGACCCCAUUAUUCCUGGAAGCUGGCUGGCCGGUCCCCGGCCACAUCGACGAGAUGGUCCAGUUUUUGCCUCACAAUAACAAGUUGGGGUUCAGGAUGGCAAUUGAAAGCAUAACCUCUGCCUUGAGGCUUUUCGAGGAGCUGAACGACACUGGUCAUGGAGCAGCCAUCCUCAGCUACAAGGGCGAUAUGACGCCCGACAAGGACGCAAUCUUUGUCGACCCUGAUCUUCACAAUAGAACUGUCGAUUCGCUGCUGUCCGAUGAAGAUUUUGUGCAGGCAAACGAGUACGCUCAGAAGUUUCUAGACAGCAAUUUGGCUCUUCUGCUGCAAGAGUUACCCAUUGAGGAGAAGGACGUCAUUCGCGUCCCAACACUGUGGAAGGACACGACGUAUCCAUGGCCACGGAGCCCUGACGGUGUUCCCACCCGGCUUCACCGAACGCUCCCCGGCCAGGGACAGCUGCGGGCAUUCUACCCAUCAGCCGUAAAUGGGCUUGUCCUCGGGUUAGACUAUGUUGCGCCGAAGCCAUAG